ACAUUAAAGCACUUAACUUUUGGAAUAUAAUGAAUCUUGAGGAAUAUAUUAACUACUCAGAGGAAAAGGAUAUACAUAAUAUACUUAAUGAUCAGGAAAUUUUAAACCUAGCUACUAACCCAAAAUCUGCAAAAAAUGAGAUGAUACAAUAUAUUGUACAACAAGAUCUUAACGAAGUGGCCCAGAGUAAGUAUAAUAAAACUUUAUUAAAAUUACAAAAAGAAGUAAGAAAGUUUCGAAAUGCAGCUUUUAAACAAGCGAAUAUUGAAACUUACUUUACAUCAGAGAUACCAGAGAUUUAA